AUGUUAUGGCAGCGGCUUACCGCACACCGUAAACGACUGGCAACUCUUCUCUUCGUAGCGUCAGAGUCACCCUCUACUUCACUUGAGACUACGGUUGAAAAUGAGGACGGUAUUACGGUUAGAAAUGCGUUAAAGUGUGACUCGAAUUCGGCUCUAAACGUCGUAACAUUAGGGCAGGCGCUAGCUCAAAAAGCUCGCGUUAUCCAGCGGUUUCAAGUGACUUGGGAUCUGCCUCAAGCUUGGCAUCGUUGGAGGCAGAUUUUCCACGCUCAGCUCUUCUAUCGGAUGCGUCGACAGCAGUUUUUCUUUCACUUUUGGCAAUAUUUUACUUACCAAAAACGCAAGAUUCGCGUCGUUCUUUUCAAGAUGACGACGCAGCGGCAAGCAGCUUGUAGUCGUACAAUUUUCCGUGCGUGGGCUGAGCUUGUGACGCGAGUUAAACAGCUGCAGAAAGACCGUCUACGUGAACGCGAGUUGUGGGUGCUAGUGACCACCGAGAUGGCGAGACGAGAGCGACGACAACUUAAGAAACAUUGGCAUGCGUGGAGGUUCCAUGUGGGCGAAUCUCGGCAUCUUUACAGCAGUUUGGACGUGUAUUAUCAAGCGCGUUUACUCACAAAGUUCUGGUUACUCUGGAGUCAUGACUACCGUAAGGUAGUGAGUGAAACUCGACGAGAAACACAGCGAGUUGAGGUAGCUAUGCGAAUAUUUUACUUACGACGUGCAGCUCGGAAACUAAAAGAGCUUCAAACGCGCUCGAAGCGAGCUCGAUUAGUACUGGAAUACUUUAGAAAUCGACGGUAUGAUAGUUUACUUCCUGAAAUGUUGGGCAGGUGGAGACGAUGGAGUGAACGACAGAAGCGAGUGGCUUGGUGUCUUGAGGCAGCUCGUCGGAAUAAAUUACGACGGUAUUUUAUAUUCUGGAACAGAUGGAAAAAUACGCGAAAAUGGCAAAGUUUUGUGAUUUCUAGCUGUCGAUCUAAGAGUGCGAAGCUGCAACAACGUGACGUCUGGAUUCGAUGGAGAAGAUAUGUGAAGGAACGAGUGGCCAAGGACGUGGCCUUGCGGAGCGCAGCCAUCUUGCACAUGGGUACAAGAUUGAAAAGAUGGCUACAUUACACUCAAUGCUCGAUUCAGUCCCGUGAACAAGCUCAGACUGCAAUUACGCAGCUUUUUAUCUACCGUGGACAUCGAGCAGUGCGUCGUUGGCGAGAGUUUGGUCGGGUACGACGUAUCGGUCGUCUGUAUCAGCGUUUUGUACUGCGAAAACACAUACAGCUGUGGCGUUUUGCAGUAAAGUGUAGUGUAGCCAUACGCUUUGACGAGUUUCUACUGCGUUCCAAGGCGACGAAAUGGCUCGUAGCUUGGCAGAAAGUUACAACGAAACAUCAACACUGGCGGAAACUUUGUGAGUCUUUCAAGACAAGAAAAAAGAAGCAAAAAACUCACCAACUUUUCCGGCAAUGGCAGCAAUUGGUCAAUAAAGAACAAGGUAAACGACUAGCGUUAAUGCACGCUGAGCAGCGUUUACUACGUGUAGCUUUACGGUGCUGGAACCGCGCAACAGUAGCGAGUCAGCUACGACGAGAUGAGCAAUUGGAACAAGCUGCAGCGCAUGAGAUGGCUACACUGUUUCGUCAAAGUUUCGCAGUGUGGCAAGCUGCAGCGAAGAAACAGCGCGAACGUCGCUUUGUGCUGCUCUCGUGUGUUAUUAAGCUGCAGUCGGUGGCGAAUCACCACGUCCAGCAGAUCAUUUUCCAGUCGUGGGAGCGGGUCGUCGACUUAAGACGUCGCUGUGAAGUGGCGCUACUUAAGCGAGAGCGUAACAUUGCCAGAAAUCUAUUGAUCUCCUGGCUACGCUGGGCUCGUGAGCGACAGCAAAGACGGCAACAGCUCGAAAAUGCCGUAAUUUACCACUCGCAGCGUCUAAGAAGUGCCGUAUUUUUCUACUGGCAGACGUACGCCUUGGCCUGGCAAGAUGCUGCGAAGCCUAUGGCUACACGACACAAUCGCCAGAUGGUUUUAUUUGCUAAAAGCGCAGCAGAAGCACCUGAUAUCAGCGCAGAAAGCGAAUCGGAAGAUGAAGUACGACGACCUACAAGUCCAGUGAUGAAGCGACUUCGACAGAAAAAGGCGAAUCGGCUGAAAAUAUUGGAGAUGUGGAGAUGGUGA